UGCGUCAAACUGCUGUUUCCUACAGGUUAAUAAUGAAUCUUCAAGCUCAGCGACGCAGCAUUUUUGCAGGGUUGAACUGCAUUAGCUUUAGCCACGUGUACCUAAUAAACCGGCAACGUGCACACAUUGUUUUGAUCUUUUAUGUGAAGCUAUAGAGACACUUUACUCAUCUUGGUCUUUCAAAUUAAACUAAACAAGCUUUCUCAUGCUGCAGCUGUGACAGAAGAGGCUUAUAUAACUUUUAUUUUUGGACGCAAGGACAAACCACUUUAGAUCUGGUCACUCUGUAUUCAGAUCCUUUGGGCGACGUGCACGGCUCAGAGAUCAAACGUGGUCAUUUGCGUUAAUUAACGCUACUUAGUUAAAUAUUACCUUUCGGGAGCCAAUCAGAGCGAUCGACACGUGAGAUCAAAGCGCCGCCAAUCGAUCCCCUGCAGCAGUCUGACGGUCACCAUGUGAACCAAAGCGGCUCCUGGUCCAGGCCUCCUGCAUGCGGACCCCUGUCCGUCUCCCCCCCCUCUCCUUUUUUAAGACGACUCUAUCGGAUCACUCGUUUAAAUUAAAAAUCUCAUUACAUAAACCAGACGCAAUGCACUCGGUUUGUGAGUGUGUAAAAGCCCAGGCUAAAUACUGAUGGCUUUCUUUGCCUGGGUUAUUAAUGGCGUCUCUGGCAUCGGUCCUACAGGGGAUGUUUGAAUUUAUUAUUACAACGCUGGACAAGUUCCCAGGACUGUUUAAACAAUACGGAGAAGUAGCUGCUUGUGUGUUUAUGUAACUGUGAUUUCAGGGCUGAAAAUGCAACCUGAACGUGUCGGAAUAAAAUUAAAAACUAGCAGCUUUUUGGGUCAUUUUGGUGGUGGGAGGCGUCUUCUUAACAGACCAUUUUCCUUAUCUAAAUGGGGUUCACUGCCAAAAUAUUCAGGUUUUCCUGCCCUCUCUUAAGCCACCUUAAUGUUUUUCGGAUUUUCAUUCUGCUCUAAUUGCCAUAAAGGUGUACAGGUAGCCAGUUUGCCGUAUAGAAAAGCGUAAGAAAAAAAAAAAAGCAAUGUCUUAUCUUUAUCGCAGGGGUUAUUGCCAUAUAUGAAAGUGAGCUUGCAUGAUCAGCAGAAACGGUUUCUUUUUCCACACACACACACACACACACACACACACACACACACACACACACGCAGCCACUGUGUGCAGAAACGCUAUGCAGGGCGGUCUGAGCUGCAGAAACACUGUCCACUCUGCUUCACCCCACUGGCAUGCAAAGCCACCAUCACCGCCACACCAUCUAAUGCGAGAGCCGCUUUCUCUGCGGGGAUUAUUCUAAUCUGGGAGGUUUUCCACACAAAAAAAUUAUAUAAAAAAAUUAAAAAAGGUGAGGGGAAACCGGUGCAUUUGUUUUCCGGGAGGAUUGUUUCAGUGCGGGAUGAAUGUAGGGUGUGAAGGCCAGAAGCCCAGGGCUCUCUGGAAACCUGCCAUGUGACAUUUGGCUGCCAGCGCUCCGUCAGAAGGUCAAAGGGGUCCCCGGCGCACAUUUAAUGGAAAUGCAGAAAACCAGUGCGGCGCAAAACAUCCAGCACCACGACUUCUUCAGCGGCUCCUCGGAGGAUGUCAGUGGGUUUGCGUGCGCUCGUCAAGCGGCCGCACAAGCGGAGUCGUUCCCCCGGAGGCCAAAACAGCAAAACCCCAAGUUUCCUAUGAGCAAAAAGAUCUUCCCCUGGAUGAAAGAGUCCAGACACUCAGAUCAGAAACACGGCAGGAGAAUCGCAGACUGCACCGUCAACGAGAAGUGUCCGAGCGCGACCCCGGUCUCCAAGAGGACGCGCACCGCGUACACGAGCGCGCAACUGGUGGAGCUGGAGAAGGAGUUCCACUUCAGCCGCUACCUGUGCAGGCCGCGGCGGGUGGAGAUGGCCAGCCUGCUCAACCUCCAGGAGCGGCAGAUCAAGAUCUGGUUCCAGAACCGGAGGAUGAAGCAGAAGAAGGAUGAGAAAGUGCAGGGCCUCACCACCACCACCACCACCACCACCUCCUCCUCCUCACCCCUUUCCUCCCCCUCCGCCCCGGGCAGCCCCACUCUGUCGAGCCUGGGUUAUGUCCAUCUGGGCGGGGAUUACCAGCCGGCCUCCCCUCCGCUCAAGUCCCAACAACACCAGCCCGCGUACCCGGCAGAAUACUCCAAAUACCCAGCUCCGGGCUUCACGCACGGCCCGCAGUUUAAUAUGCAGUACAACACCUCACACACAACAGACCCUAAUGUGGAUCUUAACGGGUCAUAUUUCUCACAGAGCUGCACUCAGGACAGAAUCAUGCAAGCUCCAAAACUGACUCAUCUGUAGCAGACAAGAUGUAAAUUUAUAGAAGAAGACUUCACUGAUCUGUCCUGACGCAUGCAUUUUCAUUAUAUAUUUAUUUAUUGGACUAAUUCAUCUAAAUAUUAGUCUCAGGUCUAAUUUAUUUGUAUUUAUACAUAUGUAUUCAUCUUGUGCAUUUUAUAUCUAUUGUUGAGUUAACUUUUACGCGUGGGCCUCUUCUAAUAUUUUUUUCCCAGAGAGACAUUAGGAAAUGCUGUAAUCCAGCCCUGUAUCUUAAAUUACAGUGUUCACUGCUGUUAUUUCAGCUACAUAAAUAAACGCAAUUUGUUGAGA